UGGCAGGUUCGAGUUGUAGGCGAAGCGAGGAGUGCCUAUCCUCAUCCUCAAUUUGUGUAUCUCAAGAAAGCUGUUUGUGUUUUAUAUGUCAUGAUGUUUCAAGCGUUAGUAUCAACAGUUAAGUAACAAUGCUCGUGACACUUUUUGCGUUUACCCACGUUCAUGGAACGGGAGGUAAAAGUUGUCCAUGUUACCAGUCGGUGUAGCUUCUCCUAAGAAAUAUUCAUCCGGAGUGUAAUUUUAUAAAAUAAAGUAAUUGAUAUUCUUUACGAUUAGCAAACAUAAAAAUGACUGAUUUCGGAGAUAACUUUAAGGAGCUCUGCCGCCUCUGUGCUUCCUUGGACAAUAUCAAAAUGGACAUUUUUGGUGAUAAAGGAAAAGAGAGGAAACUCCUUGACAAAAUUCACACUUGUUUACCUGUAAAGGUGUCAGAUGAUGACAUGUUGCCAAAAUCACUGUGUUACCGUUGUAUUUACAACUUGGAAAAUUUCUACGAUUUUCGCAAGAGUUGUGUGGACACAGUCCACAAACUGGAGAGUUAUGUCAAUGAAAAGUGGGGCAAUGCUCUCGAGCUACAGUACAAACCUCAGAAGAGAAAUCCUGAUGCUGAAAGUAUCUCGAUGAAUAGUGCUCGAUCUGAAUACUCCGACAGCCAAGAAGCUCCGAAUCCUGCGGAUUUCUUAGAAGCAUGCCUGGACAAUGAACCAAUCCAGUCUUCGAUGGUCCAAUACAACCAUGGUCAGUCUCCAAAGUUCGAACAUCCGGAGCAAGUGAUAGAAGUCAACUCUGGCUCCUUCGUCUGUCCUUCAUGUCCUGAAAGCUUCAGCAACAUGUCAGCGCUCAUCAUUCAUUCCAAGUGUCACAUGGCAGGAGGUACUGUGACUAUGACAGGCAAGAAGGAAGCUGUGAGGCUGUUCAGUUGUCCUGUGUGUGACAAGACAUUCAUGUCCAAGGGCAACUUGUCCAACCACAUCAAAGUCCACAACAGUGACGGCUACCCGCAGGUCCAGGACAGGCCGUUCCGUUGUGAGCUGUGCAGCAAGUCGUACACAGUAGCUAAGCACUUGUGGGGCCAUGUCAGCACUGCACACAGAGGCGAUUCUAGAGUCACCUGUCAAUUCUGUCUAAGGAUAUUCUCUACCAGCCAAAACCUUGAAGACCACUGCAAGACCAAGCAUCCUGACCAGUAUCAAGGAAAGGUGAACUCUGUUGAUGAGAAAAACGAAGAUGGAGCCGAAUCAGAACAGCAGGCUAGUGAGGUAAACAAGUCUCCUGUGUUGGAGGAAUCCAACAGUCGUAGAAAAAACAACCAUCCAAGGAAGAUCCAGAGAGAACAGAGUGUCGACACUGAACAAUCUAACCAUUCCGUCAAUGAAGAAGGUGAAUCCCCAGAAGAUAAUAUUGUCUCAUGCUUUUCUUGUUUGUUGUGUGGAAGAAUGUUUGAAAAUCGAAAUAAUUUGCGUAAACACAUUUUGAUCAACCAUGGUAUUGACCCUGCUGAAAUUGGCUAUCCCGACAUAGUUGCUGAUGAGUUAUCAAUUCAGAGAGAACUAAUUGAUGAGAGUGAAAUGAUGGCAGAAAGUAUGUUAGAAGCAGAAACUGUAUUCUGUUGUGAGGUUUGCAUACGCGAGUUCAAUGAUAGGGCAAGUCUAUGGCUGCACAUGCUGUACUCCCAUAGAGAAGAGGCUGCCACUGCCUGUGGAAUUUGUUUGAGAGUUUGCUCAGAUAACGUUAGUCUGUUGGAACAUGUGGACUCUUGUCACCCAAGAGAUACAAUGGCAUCCGAUAAACGCAGGUACAGUUGUCAAAUAUGUGCCAGACAACACGACUCUAGGAAAAAACUUUUGGCUCAUGUAAAAAUACAUAAUUUAAGAGAUGCUGAUGGCCGUGCUUUAGACCCAGAAUCUAUGGUUGUGCUCAAUAGUGAAUUACACCCAGAAACUUCAGGACCCCAUGACAAUGUAAUAGAUGACGAAUUCAGCAUGACUUGUGAAAUAUGUUUUAAGACGUUUCCCAACGAAUUAAAACUGAUCAAGCACAAAAGAAAUGCGCACAAAGAUUCAGAAGCAAUGCACAGUCUAAACAGUUCUGCUACAUACAAGUUGUACUUCCCUUGCGAGAUGUGUGGGCUGUCCCAUUCCACAAGAACAGAGCGUUGGCGUCAUGUCUUCACCUAUCACGCUGAUGAACCUUCAUUAGUGUGUGGAAAAGAAAGAUGUGGCAAAGUGUUUCCGACAAAAGCGUUAAAACAAGAACAUGAAACUAGUCACCAUGACCUUCAGGGUGAAUCUCCCAACAGUUGUGAAAUUUGUGGUAAAUUAUGGGCAACAAGGAUGAACUACUGGAAACACAUGAUGGGAGUUCACAGUGAUUGCUUACCUUUUAUAUGUGGAGUCUGUCUAAAGAUCUUCUGCAAUGUAACAGACCUAGCUGCCCAUGUAAAAGAAAAACACUAUCCGUUGGAUAACUCAACAGAAUACUGCUGUGAUAUUUGUGGUAGGCCAUAUUCCAAGAAAUCAAAAAUGUCUAGACAUAGAAAGAUUCAUAACCUGCCGACUUCUUUAGGAGGCUUGGACGAGGGACUGUUUGAUUUGCAGCCAGAAACUGUUGAUCAUUCUAAUGAUCCUGGUGUCUUGAAAUGCAACGCGUGCCCAACAGAACAGUUUUUAGAUUUAGACGAGUUAUCUGAACAUAGAAGAUCCGCCCACAACCAAGUCCCCUGUGAUUUAUGUCCAAAGUUUUAUGGAAGAACAUCUCAUCUAUGGAAACAUGUUUAUAAAAUUCACAAGACUCAUCCGGAUAUCACUUGUAACAUUUGUUUAAAAACAUCAGCAUCUAAGUCGCAUUUGGCAAAACAUUAUGCUAAACAUCACCGUGAUCACGCACCAUCUGAAGAUAAUAAUUAUGUGACAUUGAAAGACGUUGUUAACGAUGGUGACAGUAGUAAAUGCAUAAAAUGUGAAAAAGUUUUCCGAAAAGACCAUUUGAUGAAGCAGCAUCUAAAGCACUGUACAGGUCCAAAAGAGGCAACCAAACCAGUAACUACCACUGAACUUGUUAAUGGUUCAUUCCCGUGUACGAAAUGCUCUAGAGUUUUUGAUACACUUCGUGUUUUAAACAAGCACAUUAGGUCUUCUCAUGUAACGUACAAGUGUGAAAUUUGUAAUAUUCGCAAAGAUUCCAGAACCGAGCUGUUUGAUCACAUCAAAGAGGAACAUAAAGACGAUCCCGAGUUGACUUGUGAUGUUGAAGGCUGCAAUAGAAUGUUGCGUUUGAAGAAAGAUGCGCUCAAACAUAAACGUGAACAUCGUCAAGGAUACCCUCCACCUAGCUGUGAGGUUUGUGGAGAAAUUCUCCAAAAUAGAAUAAAACUUCGAAAACAUCUAAAAGCAAAUCACCCAGCAAGAACCAAGUUUAUGUGUUGUAUCUGUACUGUUUGUCAUGUAACAUUUGAGGAACUGCAGGACCAUAUCAAAGAAAACCACCCUUCAUCCAUCGGCAAACCCAAUACGUGUCCAAUAUGUGCUAGAAAGUGUCCCACCAAAUAUAAACUCGACACUCACUUAAAAACACAUGGAAGUGAGUUCUUCAACUGCUUAACUUGCUAUAAAGUCUUUAGGGUAGAAGAAGAGUUUAAGAAACAUUGUGAAAUCCAUCCACCCAAAAAACAACCGUCAUCUGUAAAAGCUAAAGAAGUUAUUAAAGAUUCUGAUGCCGAGAGUGAUGAUGAAGAGGAGACUGGAAAACGAAAGCAAGACGAAGAUAGUAAACCUAUAAGUCUCCUCACGUGUACCAAAAUGAGUAGAUUAACUCAUGGUUGCGUCUGUUGUAGAUCAUCUUUCACCACUCGAGCAGAGCUUUCCAAACACCAACUAGAAGAUCAUUCAGACCUUAGGUGCGGAACAUGUAGCUCUUACUUUGAUUCAUUAGAAUCUCUUGCUGCCCAUAAAACGAACUGUAAACCAAAGGAAGUAAGAUCAAAACGAAAAGCAGCUUCUCUUUCAAAUUCUUUCCUUCAAAAAACCAUAAGGUUUGAUUCUGAAGACGAAGAUUAUCAAAUGGGCGUUGUCAGCAUGUCCUCUUUAAACAGUGUUGAUGAUAAUUCUAGCAGCUCUAAAGACUGGGUAUCGUCAUAUAGUAAGUCAUCAUUAAGUCGCAAGGUGUAUGAGAAUGACAAUGUGUAUUCACCAUGUGAACAUUGUGAGAAAACUUGGCCUGCCAAACGAGUUUUAUGGCAACAUUUAAUUAGAUCACACAAAAAAGAAGCCGCUACUACCUGUGGAGUGUGUUUAAAGUAUUGCAAAUCGUACUUGGAUCUUGAUACGCACUUGGUCGAAGUUCAUCCUCGCAACUUUGAGGAAGAAGAUAGCAACGCCACAUGUAGAGUUUGUGGUCGAUAUCACAAUGCCAAGGCCAAACUGCACCUUCAUGCUGCAAUACAUCCAGGAGAAGAGGAUCGAGCCGCUCAACUUCAGUACGAUUGUUCAACUUGCGAUGUAACGUUCAGCUCGAGGGGAUUUCUUAGGAAACAUGAAAGAGAAAGACAUAAUAUAAUUUCUAGUAACCAAUUAAACAGCACAGAAAAUACAAAUGAUGAAGAGCUUGUAAACACCAUUACCUCUGACGACGAUGACUCACAUUUCGAAGGGUUUCCUGAUGAAGAUGACGAUUCGUCAACUUUAAAACGAAGCAGUGUAUUCAUCAACAAGUCUAUGUCUAAAAUAUCCAUGAGUUUAGUCGCUAACUCAACAGAAGCAGAAGUCUUGGACAGUAGUUGUGAUGCAGUGGAUGCCAAAACUGAAUCAGCUAAUGUUACUAAUCCCAAUGAGUUGGCUUUGUCAACUGUUUCUAGUCAAAUGUCAGAUGGCAGAGGCAGUUUUGAAGGGGCUGUAAAUGAAGACAACAACGAUGAAAGUUCAAAACAAGAUGACAAUGAUGAAAGUUCUAGUUCAAGUUCUUCAAGUUCCAGCAGCUCCAGUUCAAGCUCAAGUGAUGAUGAUGAUGACGAUGACAAUGAAAGUGUUAACUCUGAAGACAGUAAGGAAGACAGUUCUGCUGAGGUUGAUGAAGAUGAAACCAAGGAUGACAGUUCAGCCGAAGUGGAAGAUGAAACCCGUGAUGACAGUAUAGCAGAAAUCGAAGAAGAUGAAACAAAGAACUCUUCACAGACUUUGGACACAAAAAGUUAUCAGUUAGAGGACAACGUAAUUUCAAAGACAUUUCAGAAAGUUGCAGGAUUGAGUCAGUGUUCAAGACAGAGUAUGUCGAUUGAAGAAAACAGCCUUCAGCACCCUUACAUCAAUGAUUCAAGUAGGUACAUCACUCAAAACUUGACUGACUCAGAGAUUGACAACUUUGUAACGUAAUAUUGAAAUUAGUAUUUGUAUUUAGAAAUCUACAUAUUUCUGCAUUCCCAUAUUGUUUUGUAAUAAUGUUUAUAUGUGUAUAUUUGUUUGUAAAAAAUGUGAGGUUAAUAGUGUGUGAAUGUUUUUUUAUAUAAUAAUGUCCACUUAUUCUUUUAACAGGCCUGAAAUAAUUAUGCUCCUGAGACUGUUAUAAUUGAUAACUUGAAAUUCUUAAGUUAAUCUAAAACUAUCCCUGUGAUUUAUGUAUAAAUGUGUUAGGAACAUACAUAUUUGUUGUUUCUGAUUUUUUUUUAUUCUUGGUUUAUUUAGUAUGUUAUGUUAAAUCAAAUGUUUCUAUAUUUUUAUUUAAUUUUGGUUGUUUCUGUUUAAACAACAGUAAUUUUCUUGAUUAAAAAUGUUACUUAUAA